AUGGCCACAUCUCAAGAAGUACUGCACCAAAUGGGACGAAUAGGGGCUCGUUGGAAAGCUGGAGACGAGGAGGUUGCUGACGGGAGGAUAGCGUUACUGAGGCUCGGUGGAGACGUCACUAGGGCAUUCAAGACCACAUCGGAAGAGUUAGCGGCUCGCCGCCGCAAGGAGCGCGAAGGCGAACAGGAGCGUCGCAGAAGUUUGUGGACUGCUGGGGAGCGGGCGUCGAUGUACAAUGUGCUAGAGGCCGAUCAUAAGGCUGGACUCUCAUCAUUGCCCGUCCUGUCACGAUGCGAGAGAGGAUCGGCGGAUCGAGCUGAAGUGGAGACCCAAGCAGUUGCUAUUGCUUUAUGGCGGUGGGGUGAGGCGGUGGAGAUUGUCGAGCGAGGCCAAAAGGACCUCGCGGCGUUGCCCUCUUUGGCCCCCAAACUGACGUCACUCAUUGCCGAAUUGACUUCAGCUCUCUUACACUCACUCUCAGACCCCUCACUCAGUAAGUCAGCUGUCGUGGGUGUCACGUCUCUCCUUCUCCGUUUGAACGAAGGCAUUGCUGCUCGUAACGUGUUCCUUUCCGCGCGUGGUUCGCUCACCAAGAAACGCACCAGGAUGAUUGCAUUCGAGGGUGAAGUAUCCACCUAUAUUGCUGAGCUCGCAUUUGUGGUCUUCACUAGCAUCAAGCACACGGCUAAUUGGUACUUGGCUAGUUUUGAGGAGAACGAGAUGGCAUCCACACUGAUCCAAUGGGCCAGAGAGCAGAUUGAAUGCUUUGCGACUAUGUUCAAGCGGCAAGUGAACGAUCCGCACAUUGGACAACAGGAUGUUGAUGCGUCAAUCUUGGCGAUGCUAGAUCAAAACAAGAAGGUAUUUAGCUCUCUCCAGAUUUUACAUGAUAAUGGGAAGGAUUUCGCGCAUCUUCUCAUGACCCUGAUAGAACCGCUUGCUCUGUCAUCUUUGACGACUGUGCCCUUGCCAUCUACAUUCACUCCUUCCAAUGCAUCAAUCCCUCCCCUUGGAUCCCCCCAGCCUCCAACGCUCAAUAUCUCAACGUCUCCACUCAAACUGUCCAACACCUCAGCGCGUGCACCUCACUACUUCCGUCCCGCCUUACGGUCUCCGAAAAGCCAAAGAGCCGGAGCGUGA